CUUAUCUCUAGCCGGAGAUCAAAGAAGUAGCCGUUAACGAUGGCUUCCGACGAGCUCGCAAAGGCCGUCGAGCCCAGGAAGAAGGGCAACGUCAAGUAUGCCUCCAUAUGUGCCAUCCUGGCCUCCAUGGCCUCUGUCAUCCUUGGCUAUGACAUUGGGGUGAUGAGUGGAGCGGCCAUGUACAUCAAGAAGGACCUGAAUAUCACGGACGUGCAGCUGGAGAUCCUGAUCGGGAUCCUCAGUCUCUACUCGCUGUUCGGAUCCUUCGCUGGCGCGCGGACGUCCGACAGGAUCGGGCGCCGCUUGACCGUCGUGUUCGCCGCUGUCAUCUUCUUCGUGGGCUCGUUGCUCAUGGGUUUCGCCGUCAACUACGGCAUGCUCAUGGCGGGCCGCUUCGUGGCCGGAGUCGGUGUGGGCUACGGGGGCAUGAUCGCGCCCGUGUACACGGCCGAGAUCUCGCCGGCGGCGUCCCGUGGCUUCCUGACCACCUUCCCGGAGGUGUUCAUCAACAUCGGCAUCCUGCUUGGCUACCUGUCCAACUUCGCGUUCGCGCGCCUCCCGCUCCACCUCGGCUGGCGCGUCAUGCUCGCCAUUGGCGCAGUUCCGUCCGGCCUGCUCGCGCUCCUGGUGUUCUGCAUGCCCGAGUCGCCUCGGUGGCUGGUCUUGAAGGGCCGCCUCGCGGACGCCAGGGCUGUGCUAGAGAAGACCUCUGCCACGCCAGAGGAGGCCGCCGAGCGGCUGGCCGACAUCAAGGCCGCGGCGGGGAUUCCGAAGGGCCUCGACGGGGACGUGGUCACCGUACCCAACAAGGAGCAAGGCGGCGGUGAGUUGCAGGUGUGGAAGCAGCUCAUCCUGUCCCCGACCCCGGCGGUCCGACGCAUCCUGCUCUCGGCCGUGGGUCUCCACUUCUUCCAGCAGGCUUCUGGCAGCGACUCCGUCGUCCAGUACAGCGCCCGCCUGUUCAAGAGCGCGGGGAUCACCGACGACAACAAGCUCCUGGGCGUCACCUGCGCGGUGGGCGUGACCAAGACGUUCUUCAUCCUGGUGGCCACGUUCCUGCUGGACCGCGCGGGGCGUCGGCCUCUGCUGCUGAUCAGCACGGGCGGGAUGAUCGUCUCGCUCAUCUGCCUCGGGUCGGGGCUCACCGUCGCGGGGCAUCACCCGGACACCAAGGUCGCGUGGGCCGUCGCCCUGUGCAUCGCGUCCACCCUGUCCUACAUCGCCUUCUUCUCCAUCGGCCUCGGGCCCAUCACGGGCGUGUACACCUCGGAAAUAUUCCCGCUGCAGGUGCGCGCGCUGGGCUUCGCGGUGGGUGUGGCGAGCAACCGCGUCACCAGCGCCGUCAUCUCCAUGACCUUCCUGUCCCUCUCCAAGGCCAUCACCAUCGGCGGCAGCUUCUUCCUCUACUCCGGCAUCGCCGCGGUCGCUUGGGUUUUCUUCUUCACGUGCCUCCCGGAGACACGCGGCCGGACGCUGGAGGAGAUGGGCAAGCUGUUCGGCAUGCCAGACACGGGCAUGGCUGAAGAAGCAGAAGACGCCGCAGCCAAGGAGAAGGUGGUGGAACUGCCUAGCAGCAAGUAGGUGGCUAUCCCAGAGCACAGGUCAAGUGAAGUAGAUGGACAAGAUCAUUGUCUUUUCAACUAAUUAGAUGGGCAAGAAUAACUAAGACUGCCCUAUGAGGUGUCGUGGUUCAACCAGAGAUCAUUCUGCUCCUUUUCUUUUCCCUUCCUUUUUCGAGUACCAUUCCCAUUCGUCGUGGUCAGUACGAUGUUGGGUCGUUGGGAGUUAGUGGUGUCAGAGUCCGCGUGUGCUUUGCAAGCCAGGGCUGAACCCACAAUCAUCAGUAACAAAAAUUCUUCCGUUUGCUUUGC